AUGUUGCAAGUGCACCGCGACUACGCCAUGAUUUCGACGCCGCAAGAGGGCGGUCGCGGAAGUUUCUCCUUCAGCGAGCGCGGGUCGUUCACUUCUGACGCGCCACCGCUGCGGCCAUCGCUCAUUGCGCGCGACAUCCAGGCCAUCCCCGAAGACGACACCAAGGGUUCUCGCCGCUUCAAGGGCCGCCUUCGCACGUGGCCAGGCAUUCUGCUGCUGCUUGGUAUCAUCGGCGGCGCAAUUGCCACGAUCGUCUUGAUGAGCGCUUCGAUGGGCCACGAGGCCAAGGACCGAAUGCACGAGAUGCAGAAGCGGAUCGCGGACGCCCAAGCCAUCACCGACGGUGUGACGUCGCAUGACGAAGAGCGCUACCUCGUCGAGGACGACGGGCAAAUCAAUAACCCGCGCGUGUACCCGCCGAGUGGGUGCCAACUGCCCAACUACGUCAGCAAGAAUGGACGUAUUGUCGCUACCGCCAAGAACGGCACCGAGGUUCCGCUGCAGAUCAAGGGCGUCAACUGGUUUGGCAUGGAAACUGGCCUCGAAGCGCCGUUUGGCCUUUUUGACAACGACAAGGCCGGCACCACUGUGUAUGCGAUCGCGCAGUUUCUCGCCAAGAACAAGUUCAACUCGGUGCGUAUUCCGCUCUGCGUCAAGAACAUUUUGAACAACAAGCCGCACACGUCCUCGGUCAUCAACCGCGCGACAAACCGCGCGUUGGAUCUGAGCUCGUACUUGAGUCUUCUCCAGUCGGUCACAACGUCACUGGGCUACCGUCAGAUCUCGAUCAUGCUCUCCAUGCACACGCUCGACAUCCGAAACGAAGAGAGCGAUCGACAUGCUCACGGCCGCGCUCUGCUCCGACAAGUACUGGAACGUCCUUGGCAUUGA